UAUUCUAGCAUGGGCUCGUUGUAGGUAGUAGUAACAUUGUAGGGGGGCUCAGAACCAGACACUUUUUAGGGGCCUUCCGCUCGCAUGCCGGAGCUGCCCACGGCAGACAUGGGUUUAUGGAUGGUCAAUACCCAGUCCACCCCGGCCAGAUCCACCCGAAUGGGUCCGUGGGGGGGAAGAAGGUAUCCUGGUAGUUUUUGGGUCGACGGCUCCAGCACGAGAAUAUGGUCAAUCAUUGCGAUGCGGAUAAUCAUCCUAAGCAUUCUAGGACACGGAAAGAGGAGGUGCAGACAUGACGCACUCAUGAGACCAAAUGAAAGGGUCCAUGGGACAUGUAGGUUAUUCCUUGCUAGGUUAUUUAUUGAAUAUGCUAGGAAUCUCAUUGGGGAUCUCAGGACCAAAAUGAAUCUGUCUUUGGGAUCACGGGACUGGAUCAUGUGUCGGGGAAAUAUAUAUCGCGGCUCCGGCAGCGAACCCAAGAGACAGUCUUCUCAUGAGUGGGGAUUCGUGCUAGGUUAUGGAAGAUAUGUAUGAUUUCGUCAUCGUUGAUGGGAAGUGGAUGAUAUUUUCCCUUGUAGACCAUAUUUCCUAUUCGCCUUUCCAAGGUGGUCACUGUCAUCAGAGGUUUGGUCGUGGAGUCGUUGGGCCCAGUGCGACGGCGGUCAAGGCAGUCCCGGCAGUUCCCCCAGGCGGUCAAUCCAGCCGGGGCGGCUUCCCGAUCGGCCGAGCGGGUUUCGC